AUGAUCUCACGGUCGGCGAUUGGACGACACGCACAGCUUGCUGUCCGCAGGCAAUGCUGUGCCCAGCCAGCUAAUCGUCGUGGCCUUGCUGCUGUUUCCUCCGGAUCAACCUCAUUCUCAUACGAAUCAUCUGAUGUUGCUGGAGUUAAGGUCGCAAGCAGAGAUGUUGCUGGAGCUACCACGAAGCUUGCCGUCGUUGCUAAGGCCGGAACAAGAUAUCAGACUGCACCAGGUUUAACAUCAGGAUUAGAGCGAUUUGCAUUCAAGAACACCUUCAAACGAUCAGCUCUUCGUAUCUGCAGAGAAUCUGAACUUUUGGGCGCACAAUUGAACGCUUACCACACCCGCGAAGCACUCGUCGUGGAAGCCAAGUUCCUUCGGGAAGACUUACCAUACUUUACCGAACUCCUUGGUGAAGUUAUCUCAGCCACAAAGUAUACCCCCCACGAAUACCAUGAAGAAGUCGAGCACCAGAUUAAGUUGCUCCAGAAGAAGCUCCUCGGAAGUGUAUCAGACCUUGCUAUCAACUCAGCACACGGCGUCGCAUUCCAUAGAGGACUUGGAACGCCUCUCUUCCCAUCUUCAUCUACCCCUCUUACGAAAUAUCUGAACUCGGACUCCAUCGGCGAAUUUUCAACCCAAGCAUACUCGAAGCCAAAUAUCGCUGUUGUCGCAAAUGGUGCAAGCCAAGCAGAGUUAUCGAAGUGGGUUGGAGAGUUCUUUACCAGCGCUCAUACUGGACAAGCUCUCUCUGGUCCUGGAGCAACCAAGUACUACGGUGGUGAAGAACGCAUUGCCCAUGACUCGGGUAAUUCGUUCGUCCUUGCUUUCCCUGGAUCUAGUUCUUUCACGGCAGGAGGUUCAUACAAGCCCGAAUUCUCUGUCCUUGCCUCUCUUCUCGGUGGAAAAUCUAGCAUUAAGUGGUCCACUGGAUUCUCUCUCUUAUCUAAGGCUGCAUCUUCAUUCCCAGGAGCCAGCGCUACGGCCACUAACUUUGCUUACUCUGAUGCUGGACUUUUGGUACUUCAAUUCAAUGGUUCUGCGAAGGCUGUCAGAUCGGCUGCCAUUGAGGCUGUCAAAGCCCUCAAGGCAAUUUCUGAAGGUUCUAUUAGUCAAGAAGAUUUCACAAAGGCAGUCGCUAAUGCUAAAUACAACGCAUUGGAGGAAGGUCAAAACGUUGAAGCUGGACUUGUCACGACUGGCUCUGGGCUGGUCCAUGGCGGUAAGGCAUUCCAAAUCGAUGAAGUCGGCAAGAGCGUAGAAUCGGUUAGCAUUGAGAAGUUGAAAUCGGCUGCAAAGGCAAUUUUGGAGGGCAAAGCUACCAUCUCGGCAGUUGGUGAUCUUUACGUUCUUCCUUAUGCAGAGGAGCUUGGUCUUUCAGUGUAA